UCGCGUCGGCUCCGGGUCAAGGGUCGGCCGCGCAAGAUGGCGGCGACGGCGACCUUCUGGCGGCUCCUGAGGCGGCGCCGCGCGGCCGCGCUGAGCCUGCUGUGGGGCGCUAGGCGUUUCGGGGUGCGGACUUCACCGACUGGGGAGAAGGUCACGCACACCGGCCAGGUUUAUGAUGACAAAGACUAUAAGAGAAUUCGAUUUGUAAGUCGUCAGAAAGAGGUGAAUGAAAACUUUGCCAUUGACAUGAUAGCGGAGCAGCCCGUGAGUGAAGUCGGCAGUCGGGUGAUAUCGUGCGAUGGUGGCGGGGGGGCGCUCGGCCACCCCAAGGUGUACAUCAACUUGGACAAAGAGACCAAGACAGGGACAUGUGGUUACUGUGGACUCCAGUUCAAACAGCUUCACCACUAGCGUGGAUGGGCACAUCGACGCUUGAUGAGGCGCUGCAUGUGGGGAUUCUGGUGUUGAAAAUAAACUGUAAAGGUCACUGCUGCUGUGUUUGAAAAUUUUAUCGAAUAAAGGGUUUUCCUAGAAAGGAUUGAGA